AUGUUGCCCUACGGAUCGCAGUAUCCUCACUAUUCCAACGGACCAUCGCCUUACCAGUCCCAACAGGAUCUCCACCAGGCCUACGGUCAGAUCCCCCAGACGCCGUUUGACUAUCAGUAUGGCCAGUCCAUGCUUCCAAGGCAGCUCUUGAUGGGUUCUCCGUUCAUACAGAAUUCUAUGCCUCCCCAGUCGCCGGUACGCAGCGGGAUGCCUCCCAAUGCCAGACGAAGAUCCCACUCUAGCCAGCUGAAUUCUCCGUUGAUUCCCCCCAAACUGGGCAAUCCGAAGCGCAGCUCCAGCGGCUUUUCUAACCCUCCAAUUCAUGCUUUGAAGAGCUUAAGUGUGGCCUCUUCCACCACUUCGCUGAAUGACAUGUACCAGAACGGGAAACAGCAGAUACCCAACAGCUACAACCUGAAGAACUCCAGAACGCUACUUUUCCAAGACCUACCUGAAACGAUAAGUCUUCAGCAGUUUUUGGACUCUAUUCGGUUCGGCCCUGUGGAGAACUGCUAUUUCAAGGAUAAUGAGAUCGACUCGAACGAGGUGUCGAUCGUGCUGUCGUUCGUGGAUAACCAAACAGCCUAUAUGUGCUAUGAAUCAAUAACGGAUAACCACGUGCUGGCCAUCAACCUGAAUGCUCCUAAUCUCAAGAUAUCGUGGAUGCUUUCACCCACCAUGUUACCGGUGGUGAAGACGGCAAUCGAGAAUGACUCGGCCACCAGAAACGUCUACAUCUCAAAUAUCCCUCCCAGCAUCACUGAGGAGAUGCUUAUAAGCGAACUAGAGGUAUUUGGCUACGUGGAGUCAUUGCACUAUCACGAUGACCGGAACGUUGCAUUUGCGCAUUUCACCAGCAUUGCUAGUGCCAUCAAGGCAGUCGAACAACUGGCUCUAGACUCCAACAUAUUGUCCAAUUGCAAGGUGUUUUACGGGAGUGACAGAUGCAUUAGUCGCGAGAGUUUGGACACUUUUGAUUCCUUCCAGUACCAGCAACACCAAGAACUUGCUCACCAUCGCCAACAACAGCACUUGCACCAGCAGUACAGCGGCUUCAAUGCAGCUGCUGCUGUUGCUGCCUCAGCCGGAAGCUCAAAUAUCGGCAACAGAACCGUCUAUCUCGGAAACCUCCACCCAAACACAACGGUGGAGGAGAUAUGCAAUGUAGUGAGGGGUGGACUGCUGCAGUCGGUGAAGUUUAUUUCCGACAAGCAUAUCUGCUUCAUCACGUUCAUCGAUUCGUCGUCCUCCGCGCAAUUUUUUGCGACUUCCAACAUGGACGGAUUAAUGGUUCACGGCCGGAAAUUGAAGAUCGGCUGGGGACGCCAUUCCGGCGCUUUGCCCAACUCGGUAAUGUUGGCUGUUACUGGUGGUGCUUCUAGAAAUGUCUACAUUGGUGUGGUGGACGAGGAGGCGGCGAACAAGCCCGACGCUGGACAAACCGUGUCUGCUGGAAAUGCCGGUUCUAAGGUGCCAGACGUGGACGUUUUGAGAAGAGAUUUCUCGGUAUUCGGUGAGAUUGAACAGAUCAACUUCUUCAAGGAGGGAGCAUGUGCGUUUGUAAACUUUCUGAACAUAUCCUCAGCCAUAAAGGCGGUGGACGAGUUUAACGGAAAGAACCGCAAAGACGUUCAUGCCAAUUUCGAUGGACGCUAUUUGGACUACAAGAUUUCUUUUGGAAAGGACAGGUGCGGCAACCCAGCUAAGCAGAGGAAGUCCAAGACCAAGAAGGCCAAAGGCAAGACGAUCAAUGAAGAUAACAAGCCUGAGGAUGGGUCCAGUGACGAUUUAGCAAAAGAGCAAGAUACGCAAUCCAAGGAUAUCAGUCCUGCUCCUAGCGAUGUGUCUGGAUCCUCCAAAGGCGAUGUUGGUACCACUACCAGCACUCCCAAUACAACUGCUCACACAUCUGAAACGGAUGCUGUAGCGUUUGCUGGGAUUGGGAUCGUUUCCAAGGCCUCUGAGAAGGAUCCAGUAGCUAAAAAGGACGUUGUGUCGGUUGAUUUAAAGCCCGAAGAAGUCGAGGAGACCCAGGAAGAGAUUUUCCAGGUUGAGAAUGGCUUAUUACCAGGCCAACUUCGUGAUGCAGACAGUUACGAUUCCGACUCCGAAGAGUCAGGUUCUAUCUCCAUUAUUGUCGAUAAGGACCCAAAUUCCCCGGAAGUAAGAGCAGACUCUCCACUAUCGGUUACUGUUCCACCCCGCCAAUGGAAAUCGGCCAAUGGCCAGAGCAACGGAAAUGGGACAGGCAAUGUGGCCCCUAUUAAUAGACACAACUCCAGCAAUAGUUCCAGCUUCAUCUCCAAGAACUACAAUUCGUCCAGGUCUUCUUCCAACGGAUCCAUGAACCUGUACCAAUUGCCUUACGGGAACUCACAGGAAAACUUCUAUAAGAGGCAGCAACCGCCGCAGUCUCUUCAGCAUGUCCCACCGAUACAGCACAUGCAACAGGUCCCUCAAUCUGUGUAUUAUCCAGGGUAUCAGAUCAACACAUAUCUCAAACAGCCAAGGACGGCUGCCUACAUGCCCAAACCUGCUCAGUCCCAGAGACUGAAUGGACAUUCUUCGCAUUUCGGAAACGGCGCUGUUAUGGGCGGAGUCAGUUCUGGUUCUCAGGUAAUGGCCCAGUAUCUAGCACAGGCCCAGCAUGAGAAUCUUCUCUAUGCUGCCGCUGUGUUGAAUGCUGAAGAGGAGUAUGGAAUGUCAGGUGACGAAUACUACUUUGAGGAACCGGAUUAUAAGUACAUGAACGGUUAUUAUAAGUCUCCGCCAAUUAUUGAUCUGCCUAGUCCAACAGCGAGAUUGUCAAGCAAGUCGAAGAAGAGAUAA